AUGCUGAAUGUUGCCAAUUCGAUAGCUGAUGGUGGACACAAUGUGACGAUUCUUCGACCUUAUCAUUCCGGUUUUAGUAUUCCUAAAGACAUUAACAAGAAGCCUAAUAUAGAGAUUCUUGACUAUAUACCAGAUCAUUAUGAGCCGGUCCAUCCAAUGUUUGAGCAUGUAUCGAAAGGGUUAUGGUAUGAGAAGCCGACCUUGUUUUCAAUGCCGUCCACGGCUUUCUCAUUUUCUUCCCUGGUGACAAGCUCGCUAGCAACGACAAAUAGAUAUGUGCUCACUGACAAGGAACUUCACAUUAAACUGAAAUCUCGGAAUUUCGAUGCCUUCGUUGUGGAAAUCUUCGAUCUCAGCGGGUUUUAUCUAAAUGAGAUUCUCGAGAUUCCGGCAAUCAUCGGCGUCUUUUCGGCAGUCCGUCAAGGUCCCACCGAGCAGAUGUUCGGCGGUGUGAAUGUUUUAUUCAAAGAUUGGUAUGCCUUCUUUUGGAAUUCGGUACUGUUCGGAAGGCUAUUCGAACAACAACAUGAGAACUACGCUCAUCUUGUCAACACGAGCAAGACAAUGACGGAGAUUGUGACCAAGUCGUCGUUCUUCAUGGUCAACGCCAAUCCGUAUUUGGAUUUUCCGAUUCCGACGCCACCGAGCAUCGUGCAAAUCGGUGGAUUCACCAUGAGCAAAUAUAACGCUGAAAAGUUAUCCAGCGAAUAUGAGAAGAUCCUUAGUGAACAUGAUUCAGCAGUGUUCAUUUCCUUCGGUUCGAUGACAAAGUCUUCCCAAAUGCCAGAACAUUAUAAAGCAGGCAUCAUUCAGAUGUUCAAACUUCUUCCAGAAAUUACAUUUAUAUGGAAAUAUGAGAAGGACGAUUCGGAAUUUAUCAAGCAGCUUCCAAAUAAUGUGCAUCUGAAGACCUGGGUCCCUAUUUUCGCUGAGCAACCCCAUAACGCGAAAAUGCUCUCACAACACGGAGGUGCGGAAAUUUAUGAGAAAGAGGAGCUCAGUGACGGAAAAAAGUUAGCCAACGUUAUCGAACACAUAGUUAAUAAUCCAAGAUACCAGAAAAAUGCAGAACAGCUGAGAGAUAUUCUCAAACAUCAACCAAUUGAUCCCAAGACUGUAUUGCUGUCGCAUGUAGAAUUUGCAGCCAGAUUCCCGAAUAUGAAAUCAUCGCUAGUUCCUUCUUUAAUUAAUCGCGACCUCGUCAGCUAUUAUUGUCUUGAUUUGGUGCUUUUCCUAGCUUCUCUAGCUCUCUUUGUAUUUUUCGCUAUCGCCAAAUCGAUAUCAUGGCUAUAUCGAAAAUUUCGCUCUUCAAUAAAAGACAAAACCGCGUAA